UGUGGAGGCUGCGCUUGAUUGUACGUUUGGCUACUCGUGCGGUGGUCAUCGUAGCGUUCAUGUAAACAGUAUCUUAAAAAAUGGACAUCAAGGACCAUGAUAACCACAAUGAUGAGGGAAAUCCACUGUCUGUUAUUCAUUCUGCUGGAACCAAAAGAGCCCAAGACUCAUACGAUGGUCCAGCUAGCAAAAGAGCCCAUGUCGAUGGAGACGACAAUAAUCUGGCCGUAAAAAUCCUCAUCCCCUCUGCCGCUGUCGGAGCCAUAAUCGGCAAAGGAGGAGAAGCUAUGAGAAAUCUCAAAAAUGAUCAUCAGUGCCGUGUACAAAUGAGCAAGAGCUCGGAAACCUAUCCUGGUACAAGUGAACGUAUUUGCCUUGUAAAAGGUCGUGUGCAGAAUGUCAUUGGUGUUAUUGAUGUGAUAUUACAAAAAAUCCGUGAGAAAUGCGAAGGCUCAACAGCUUCGGAUGCAUUUGAUCACAAGGGUGUCAGCCGUGGUAAUGAGGUAAAAAUCGUCAUGCCAAACACAUCAGCCGGUAUGGUCAUUGGAAAAUCUGGAGCAAAUAUCAAAGACAUCCGCGAGACAUAUGGCUGCCAAAUUCAGGUCUUUCCCAAAGCCGGAUCGACUGAGGCUCAAAACUCGUUGGAGCGCAUCGUUACCCUAGCCCAUGAGGAUCACUCGCAACUCAUCCAAGCAACAGCUCGAGUACUUGAAAAAGUUGUUGCUGAUCCUCAUCACACAAGCGAAAUCAACAAGGAAGAUUUCGGCAACAAAGGCGGUGGCACGAGGGGUGGGAACUCCUCCUUUUCAUCCACCAACGCCUUCAGCAAUGGUGGUGCAACAUCGACAUUCAGUUCAGGAACGAAUGCUUUUGGUUCGCAGACUUACGGAUAUGCCGCUGCACAACAACCAUCGAUCAAGUUCAAUCCAAUGACAGGCUUGGGAAAUCAGGAGCUGCUCUCCUUCCUUGACAACCUCCAAUCCACUCUUCGUUCCUCCGGCUUCAAUGAGGCCAGCGUUGCAGAGGUUAUGCAAGCCAUGCAGGUUCUUGCCAAAUACAACAUCAUGGGCCUUGGUCUUGGCCUAGGCGUAGCUGCCAUGGCUCAGAUGCGUUCGGCUCAGGAGACGCAGGCGCCACCGAUGCCGAGUAAUCACGGUGUGGCCGGAUUCGGUGACCAAAGUGGAUAUGCUGGUGGUGACCAGCCCGUCAAUUUGCUUCUGGUCGAGGUUCUCAGGAGUGGCUCGGGUGCGAAUGCAAAUGGAGAUAACUUCGCUUCAUCUGUGAUCGUUGAACGACGCAUCUCUAACGAGUCCAUCGAAUUGGAAGUCCCUGACACUGUAGUUGGAGCUGUGCUAGGUCCAAAAGCGCGCACUCUGUUGGAGAUUCAACUCUACAGCGGCUGCAAGGUGCAAGUGUACAAGCGCGAUGCUAGGCCUGAAUUACCCGUAGGCACCAGACUCAUCAGCUUGGCCGGAGACGAGAAAAGCAUGCGUUUGUGCCGUUCGAUGAUUGAGCGCGUCGUAAACGAUGCUCAAGAUCGCAGAACGGUCAACCGUUCUUAGAAAGAGACGGACUUUCCCAUCUCUUUCUUUUAGCUCUCUAAGUCUGUCCCGUCUUCCAAGCAUCCACUCUCACUCCGCUCCAUUCAAGCCACGUCGUCUGCCGCUCGUCUUCAUCAUCAAGUCUUAUCUCCAGACAUUCUCUU